AUGAAGGCAGUGUCAAUGAUUGAAGACUCGACCGAAGAUGUCAACUCGAUAGUCUUCUUUACAGAUGCCAUGUCUGUAUUAGAAGCCCUGACCAACAACAAGGUUCCUCAGCUUGCAAAUGCCUUACAAAGAAUCAGCACCAACCUAAACGUGACCCUCCAGUGGAUCCCAGCACACUGUGGAGUGGCCGGAAAUGAAGAUGCUGACCAACUGGCAAAACAAGGUGCUCAGUUAGAUCAGCCACCUGUGCAAGUAAGCUACAAGGAGAAAGUUACCAUCAUUAAAUCACUUACCCGGCCAAGACAAGAGGCAGAUGCAUAUCAUCUCCUAAGCAGGGCAGAGCAAGUGAUAAUGAUCAGACUCCGAUCAGGGCACAACCGACUCAAUGCACACAUGCAUAAAAAAUACAGACUGGCCCCGUCACCGACCUGUCCGUGUGGCACAGAAGACCAAACAGCUGAACACAUCCUCCAAAGAUGUAAACGUCACGACCAGGAGCGAGCUACAAAGUGGCCCCAGGACACAACCCUCCAUCAGAAACUUUAUGGAGACGUGGAUGACCUGAGACGGACCACAUCAUUUAUUGAAGAAACUGGUGUGAUCGUGUAG